GCAAAGACAAGUUCUGCACAAUCUCUAAGCUUCCCAUGGCUCAAGCCGGGUCUGUAUCUGCAGAAACCGAGACGCUGAGCCAUAUCUGCAGACUAGUGGAAGCAUUUAGAGCUUUCGACGCCGACAAUGACGGUGCAAUAACGGCGGCCGAACUCGGCGGCAUCAUGGGAUCGCUGGGGUACAACCCGAGUGAAGAGGAGGUGAGGUCUAUGAUGCAGAAGGGAGACACCAACAAAGAUGGGUUGCUGAGCAUGGAGGAGUUCUUGGAGAUGAAUACAAAGGAUUUGGAGCUUGGUUCCUCUGCAACUUUCCUUAAAGCGGCCGCUGAAGCUCUCAAUGUUGAUGAGGAUGGUGUUGUGAGCGGGGAGGAGCUGUUUGAGGCGAUGUGGAAUAUGGGGUGUGGGUUGACUCUGGAGGAUUGCCAGAUGGAGGAUUGCCAGAAUAUUGUUGCUUCCAUGGAUGGAGAUGGGGAUGGAGCUGUUAGCUUUCUGGAUUUCAAACUUAUAAUCAAUUCUCUCCUCUAGAUUCCUGAAGCAAGUGAUAGCUAUAUGGGCCUAAAAAAACAAACGAAGCAUCACACAGGAAUUAACGCAAGCACUUGGGGUGCUCUGCUCUUCCACUUUUUAUAUAGACUAAACAUAGAUGUAAUAAAAUACCCGUCAUGGAACUAUAUAUGCAGAAUCCUUUUAUUUCAAAA